GCCAGAAAACCCCCUCCGUGCGCUGCCCGCGGUUCACGGGAGGCGGGAGGGAGGCGGACGGGCCUGGCCUCGACGUCGUCGACCGCGCCGCCCGCGAUGGGAAGUGCCUUAUAAAGCCGCCGCCCGGACCCGCCGGCGCGACUCGUCCCCGCGCGGCUCCGAGCGCAGGCGCUCGCGGCAUCCUGGGAGUGCCCCGGCAGACUCCGGACGGACCUCAGAGCCGGAGAGAUCCCGACUGACUGACCCCAGUCUGGCACAGACCCGGUCCCCGCACAGACCUCGGCCGGAUCCGGGCCCGGGCGGACCCCGCGGGGCGGGAGCGCGGGCGGGGGCCGAGGGCGCCCCUGGCGGCGGGGGUAUGCGCGGCCCGCGGCAUGGCCUCGGCGGUGUUUGAGGGCACGUCGCUGGUGAACAUGUUCGUGCGCUGCUGCUGGGUGAACGGCAUUCGCCGGCUCAUCGUGAGCCGGCGCGGCGACGAGGAGGAGUUCUUCGAGAUCCGCACCGAGUGGUCCGACCGCAGCGUGCUCUACCUGCACCGCAGCUUCGCCGACCUGCGCCGCCUGUGGCAGCGCCUCCGCGACGCCUUCCCCGAGGACCGGCCCGAGCUGGCGCACGGGCCGCUGCGGCAAGGACUGGUUGCCAUAAAGGAUGCCCAGGACAUAGAAACCAGGCUUAAUGAGGUGGAGAAGCUGCUGAAAACCAUCAUAAGCAUGCCGUGUAAGUUUUCUAGGUCAGAAGUUGUGCUUACCUUCUUUGAAAGAUCUCCUCUGGAUCAGGUGUUAAAAAAUGAUAAUGUACAUAAAAUUCAACCCAGCUUCCAAAGUCCAGUCAAAAUAUCAGAAAUCAUGAGGUCCAAUGGAUUUUGUUUGGCAAAUACAGAAACGAUAGUUAUUGACCACAGUAUACCAAACGGAAAAGACCAGCACCUGGGCGUGGAUCCUACGGAGCACUUAUUUGAGAAUGGCAGUGAGUUCCCCUCAGAGCUGGAGGAUGGGGAUGACCCAGCAGCUUACGUCACCAACCUGUCCUAUUACCACCUGGUCCCUUUUGAGACAGACAUUUUGGACUGAGCCUCAACAUCAGGCCUCCUGCACCUCAGCCCUUUACUGUGGCUCUGACGCUGUCUGCCAUGCUGGACCCAACAGCUAAAGCUGCUGGACCUCCCAUAGGUCCCAGGCCUCCCUGGUUACCCAUGCCCAUAGCUGGGUGUCCUGCAAGUGGGGCAAGUGGCGGGGGCAUCUCGUGGCUUGGGCUGACGACAAGGUCUCCAGUGGCCAGGGGUCAGGUCACAGAGGCCGCAGGGCCUAUGCUUGGGAGGGUCUCCUCCCUCGCUGUGACCCCACCAGCCUGCUUCUCUGUCCCUGGGCCUUGGCUUCUUGCUCUCAGUGUCUGCAGGGAUGUGGUCUGCCCAGUGGGGACGGUCCCUGCCGGCUCCGCUCUCACUGUUACUGCUUUUUGGGAGGAGCGUUUUUCUUGGCUGGGGGCGCCCAGGAGAUUUUUGACAAGUCACCGUGCUCUGGAAAACACAGGAUUCCCUGGAAACUGGGAUUUGAGGCCUUUCCUUUUUGCUUUUCAUCUUCUAUCUGGAAACUGGGCUUGGAUCGACCCAGAAGAGUGGUCAAGCUCAAAAAGGGAGUACUGGCUGCAGGGAUAGGGGACAUCAGCUAGGAUUGGUCGCCCACCUGUGCUAGGACUAAGAGGUGACAUUCUCCUGAAGAGAUAAGGAAGCCCACGUGCAUCUCCUGUCCUCCGCAGUGCUGUAGCCACGGUGACCCUAAAAGGAUGGGAAUCUAGGGGGAGCUGAGGCUUCACUGCCCCCAGGGGAGGGUCUGGGUUCCGUGAGCUUCUAUCCUCAGUGUCUACUAACGGCUGACAUUUGCUAAUGUAAAUACUAGUAAAUUAUUGAGAAUUCUAAUUCUUUUACACAGUCUUUUAAAUCUAUUUUAAUUAAAUAAAAAUCUGUCACUCUA